AUGUCGUCCUCAUCCUCAUCCUCCUCUUCCGCUUACACACCUACAUCUACUCCUCCAGGUUCCAUCCCCCCAGAAACCCUCUCCCACUUCCAAUCAGACCCAUGGACAUCCACGUUCCUCAAUCUCCCAACCCACGCCGCCAUAAAAACCUACUCGCGAACCUCCGACCCAGCAACCGGCGAAGACGCCUUCUUCGCCCGCACAAUCGGCUCCCCAACCACAAUCCCCCACUGCCUCACCCUCCGCAAGAAAACAAUUGAGCAACCGCCAACCCACCAACCUCUUCCCUUUCCCCCGCCCGCUACUGGCCCCAUGGCACCAGCAGCAGGCCGCCCCAUCCCAUCUAACAAAGUCGACCUCUUCGCUCUCUUCUCCCUCGCCACGCCGGGCAUAAGCGGGCACCCGGGCACGGCGCAUGGCGGUGUCAUCGCCACGCUGCUCGACGAGGUGAUGUCAUUGGCCGUCUCGCUGCAUAUCCCUGGCUACAGGGAGAAUGAGAAGGCGGAACGGGCGAGGUUGUAUACGGCGCAGCUGGAUGUGAGGUAUCGGAGGCCGGUGAGGGUGCCGGGGAUGGCGGUUGUGAAGGCGUGGUGUGUGGUGAGGGAGGGGAGGAGGUUUUUUAUGAGAGGGCAGCUUGUGCAGGAGGAAGGGGAGGGGACAGGAAAAGGCAACGGCAAAGGCGGGGUGGGACAGUUGGAGUGGGUUAAGAGGAAGCUGGUUUGUACAGAGGCAUAUGGGGUUUGGGUGCAGUCGAGGGAGGGAAAGUUGUGA